AUGAACUUCAACCCAGAUUACGAAACAAUAGCCACGGCAUUCGUGCAACAUUACUAUUCCAAGUUUGAUCAGGGAGAUGGUAUGGCACGUGCGCAAGGUCUUGGUGACCUUUACGAUACCGAAAACUCGUAUAUGAGCUUUGAAGGAGUGCAAUGUAAAGGACGUGAUGCUAUUCUUGCAAAAUUCACU